AUGUCGUCUCGACAUGUAACUCCAAUGGAGAAAAUGUUUGCAGCCUGUUGUGGUGCUUUGCUGACUUCCCUUUUUACAACUCCCUUCGAUCUCGUCAAAACUCGAUUACAAUCCCAGAGUCUUUUCAAAGGUUCGACCGUGCCAAACUCAAAAUCAUAUUCUCCCCUAAUGUCAUGUUGUCAGGAAGUCAUGUAUUCCACACAAAAUAUGCACCGGGAGUUCUUUUGUCGCUUCGAUCCACGUAUACCAAAUCAAUCAACACUAAGUUGUGCCGUUGCAGAUACAAUGAUACCCAGUAAAAUCGCUGCCAGACAUCAAUUCAACGAGCUUAAUGGCUUUUUGGAUGGCAUUAUUAAAAUCGUUCGUUACGAAGGAAUUACGUCAUUAUGGCGAGGACUUUCACCUGGAGUAGUAAUGUCUGUUCCGUUGACAGUAAUAUAUUUUGUUGGAUAUGAUUCUAUUAGAGAUUCAUUAUGGAAACAUUGGAAAGGGAAAUAUUCUGAAACAUAUUCACCGUUGUUGGCUGGAACCCUUGCAAGGACAAUUUCGGUCUCAAUAAUAUCACCAAUAGAAUUAUUUAGAACCAGGAUGCAAGGUCCAGAAGGCGUAAAUGGUUUAAAAGAUGUCAUGAAUGGUGUGCAAAAUAUGGUCAGAAAAAAUGGUAUUUCAUCGUUAUGGCGAGGUUUGGAACCUACAUUAUGGAGAGAUGUUCCAUUUUCUGCCAUAUAUUGGACUGGUUAUGAAAUAAUAAAAAGAAACUUUAGUAAUCAUUUGCGAAACAAAAGCAUCGAUGGAAAUAUAAAUAAUUUUUCUGUCGCAUUUGUUAGUGGUGCUACUUCUGGAAUGUUUUUCAAGUACCUUGAAAGAUCGCACUUGCACGUUGACAUAAUGACAACCAAGGUAGAAAUAUCAAAAGGUGGCUUCUCUUUUGACAACUACCGUAGAAAUGCUUUCCUUGAAAAACAAGGACUUACUUUACCCAAAGCGACUAAAACGGGAACCACAAUUAUCGGACUAAUUUUCAAGGAUGGUGUUAUACUUGCUGCUGAUACACGUUCAACUAAUGGACCAAUUGUAGCAAAUAAGAAUUGUGAAAAGCUUCAUUACCUAGCACCAAAUAUGUAUUGCGCUGGUGCUGGUACAGCAGCUGAUACCGAACAAUCUACUGCUUUGAUCAGUUCUCAAUUGGAAUUACAUCGAUUAGCGACUGGAAGGACGUUGAUAGUUGGUGGAUAUGAUGUAACUGGACCUGGUCUGUUCAACAUACAUCCUCAUGGAAGCACGGAAAAAUUACCAUACGUGACCAUGGGUAGUGGUUCAUUGGCAGCGAUGUCUAUACUUGAAAGUAGAUGGACCAAGGAUUUGGAGCGGGAUGAAGCCAUUGAAUUAGCCAAAGAUGCUAUUGAAGCUGCACAAAAAGAACAAUCUUAUAAAUAUAAGAGAGGAACAACCGCGUAUCUCAAGGAAUCUAUUAGAGAGUUUAUCGUUACAGAAGGUGAUGCUAUGGAUAUUUCGUAA